AUGGGAAAAGCGAACAACACUCCAUCCUCGACGCGAAUGCCCGUCUACUUCCUAGGCAUUGGUGGUCCGAAUUUCAUGGCGCAAACAGAUCACCCAGCCUUCCACAAGUUAGGCGGAACCGGCAAAGAGAUUACCACAAAGGUCAAGCCCAAAGCCAUCGUCGUCUUCUCGGCUCACUGGCAACACGGUCCGAGCAAAGUCGCCAUUAACGUCGCCGAGACGGGGAGCUUGAUCUAUGACUUCUACGGCUUCCCGCCGCACUUUUACGAAUUCGAAUUUCCGCACAAGGGCAGUCCGCAGAUCGCUGAGAGGGUGAUUGAGAAGCUUUCUUCCGCGGGCAUACGGGUCGAUCGGGUGGAACGAGGGCUCGACCAUGGGGUUUGGGUGGGAUUCCUGGCCGCCUUCGAUCCCAAGAAGAACCCAAUAGAUGUGCCGAUUGUGCAAGUCUCGCUGUUUGGCGACGAAGAUCCAGUCAAGCACUACCGCAUGGGCCAAGCGCUGGAGCAGCUACGGGACGAAGGCGUACUGCUUGUUGGCGCUGGGAUGGCUGUGCACAAUCUCCAUGACUUCCGGAAGACGAGAGGAGAUACUAGCAAGACGAUGCCGUACGCUUCCACAUUCGAAGCUGGUCUGACAGAAGCAAUCGCAACCAAGGAAGGAGAUCGAGAGAAGGCGAUGACAGAUCUUCUCAGGCGCGGUGACGCUCGUCAGGCCCAUCCGUCGCUGGAGCACGUCCUGCCGAUACACAUCGUAGCUGGAGCUGCUGGAUCGGAUGUUGGCGAGCGAAUCUGGGCAUUGCCUGAGGGCAGUUUAAAUUGGGGACAGUAUCGCUUUGGCAAGGUCCCGUCUGCGUAG